CUCCAUGCGAUUGUCUGACGGUUGUGGAGAAAUUUUCACCACUGGGACAACCCGUCUAUACUAGGCUUGAGUGAAGUCUGAGACAAGUCGGGCGGUCUAUCCUGCGGAGAACGUCUUUUCCCUGCGGACCGUCGAUUUAGCAGAACUUCUCUCAAGACGAGGCCCUCACCGCCCUCUCUGUUUCGUCGAAAUUGUUGCCUUCGAUCACACCCAAGAUGGCGGCGACUUUGAUCCCUCGAAAAUGGCGUGCAACUGACGCUGAGGGUGACGCCCAACCGAGCUGGCUAAAGCGCCAGGUCACCGGCGGCUUGCAAUCUAUAUCCCGCCGGGCAUGUGCUCAUCCGAUCCACACAAUCGUCGUGGUCGCCUUGCUCGCUAGUACAACUUAUGUCGGUUUGAUCGAGGGGAGCAUAUUUGACAGUAUUAGGAACCCUAAGAAUGUCGCUGGUCAGGUCGACGUGGACACACUCCUCCAGGGUGGCAGGAAUCUUCGCCUGGGAGAAAGCACGUCCUGGAAAUGGCAGGUCGAAGAUGCCCUGAACCCCGUAGAUGUCGAGGCUGCUCAGCAUCUCGCAUUGACCACCUUUGUCUUCCCGGAUUCUACUAGGUCUGAUGCUACUGCUCCCAUUGCCGAUGAAGUUCCAGUUCCCGCCAACGCUUCUGCACAACAAGUUCCUCAUACUCCAAAUCUGUUCUCCCCGUUUUCUCAUGAUUCGUCUCUUGCGUUCACUCUCCCGUAUGCUCAGGUUUCUCAGUUCCUGAAAGCGGUGCAGGAGAUUCCCGACUCCUCGGCCGACGAGGAUGUUGGUGAACAAAAGAAAUGGAUUAUGCGGGCGGCCCGUGGGCCCGCUACCGGUCCCAGGACAGUUAAGCUCUGGCUUACAGAUGCAUGGAGUUCUUUCGUGGACCUGAUCAAGCAUGCCGAAACAAUUGAUAUUGUCAUUAUGACUCUGGGCUACCUGUCGAUGCAUCUGAGCUUCGUCUCCCUCUUCUUCUCCAUGAGACGCUUGGGCUCGAAGUUUUGGCUUGCGGGCACGGUUCUUUUGACUGGCGCUUUCGCAUUUCUGUUUGGCCUCCUCGUUACGACUAAACUCGGUGUUCCCAUCAACGUGCUCCUCCUGUCGGAAGGACUCCCGUUCCUCGUCGUCACUAUUGGGUUCGAAAAGCCGAUAAUCUUGACUCGGGCUGUGCUCAACGCUUCGGCUGACAACAAGCGCCGAGGUGCUGCUGCUCCUUCCAGCCCAGCGAACCCGACCACUGCGAUAUCCAUCCAAGACUCGAUCCAAACCGCAAUCAGGGAACAGGGCUUCGAGAUUGUUCGGGACUACUGUAUUGAGAUUGCUAUCCUCGUUGCUGGCGCUGCUUCAGGGGUGCAAGGCGGCUUGAAACAGUUCUGCUUCCUGGCUGCUUGGAUUUUGUUCUUCGACUGCCUCCUGCUGUUUACAUUCUAUACGACUAUUCUUUGCAUCAAGCUUGAAAUCACUCGUAUCAAGCGUCACAUUGCGCUCCGUAAAGCUUUAGAAGAGGAUGGUAUUACGCACCGUGUCGCCGAAAAUGUGGCCUCAAACAAUGAUUGGCCUCAGGCUGGCUCGGAAAACAGCGACACCAGCAUCUUCGGAAGGAAAAUCAAGUCAAGCAAUGUGCGCCGUUUUAAGAUUCUCAUGGUUGGAGGUUUCGUUUUGAUUAAUGUGGUCAACUUAUCUGCCAUUCCUUUCCGGAAUUCCGCUCUGGGCCCUAUUCCGUUGCUCUCCCGGGUAUCCAACGUGCUCGCGCCCACACCGAUUGACCCAUUUAAGGUCGCUGAAAACGGUCUUGAUUCGAUCUACGUGACUGCGAAGAGCCAGAUGACGGAAACUGUUGUGACUGUCAUCCCACCAAUCAAGUACAAGCUCGAAUACCCUUCAGUCCAUUAUGCUGCGCCAGGAGAUAGCCAAUCCUUUGACAUUGAAUACACUGAUCAACUAUUGGAUGCUGUUGGUGGACGCGUGAUUGAAAGUUUACUGAAGAGCGUCGAGGACCCAGUCAUCAGCAAAUGGAUUAUUGCUGCGCUCACCCUGAGCAUCGUUCUCAAUGGUUACCUUUUCAACGCGGCACGGUGGAGUAUCAAGGAACCCGAGGCUGCCCCUGCGCCCAAGGUCGUCGAACCGAAGGUUUACCCCAAGGUGGAUUUGAAUGCGGACAGCUCGAAGAGAAGUGCAGAGGAAUGUGAAGUAUUCCUGAAGGAAAAGCGGGCACCCUAUUUGUCAGAUGAGGAUCUAAUUGAGCUUUGCUUGCAAGGCAAGAUUCCCGGGUAUGCUCUGGAGAAGACCAUGGAAAAUGAGGACCUGAUGAGCCGCGUGGAUGCCUUCACGAGGGCAGUCAAAAUCAGAAGAGCUGUGGUAUCUAGGACCAAGGCCACGUCUGCCGUUACAAGCUCUUUGGAGGCCUCGAAGCUCCCUUACAAGGACUACAACUAUACAUUGGUUCACGGUGCAUGCUGUGAGAAUGUCAUUGGAUAUUUGCCUCUGCCCCUUGGGGUUGCUGGACCUCUUACCAUCGAUGGCCAAAGCUACUUUAUCCCCAUGGCUACCACUGAGGGUGUGCUGGUAGCAAGUGCCAGCCGUGGUGCUAAGGCUAUCAAUGCAGGCGGUGGUGCAGUGACCGUCCUCACUGGUGAUGGUAUGACUCGUGGUCCCUGUGUUGGUUUCCCUACCCUGGCACGCGCCGCUGCUGCAAAAGUUUGGAUUGACUCUGAGGAGGGUCAGAGUAUCAUGAAGGCCGCGUUCAACUCUACCAGCCGCUUUGCGCGUCUCCAGACUAUGAAGACCGCUCUUGCUGGUACAUACCUGUAUAUUCGUUUCAAGACAACGACCGGCGAUGCUAUGGGUAUGAACAUGAUCUCCAAGGGCGUUGAGAAGGCGCUUCAUGUGAUGUCUACGGAAUGUGGAUUUGAUGACAUGGCCACCAUCACCAUUUCUGGUAAUUUCUGUACAGACAAGAAGUCCGCUGCUCUUAACUGGAUCGAUGGACGUGGCAAGUCAGUUGUAGCAGAGGCUAUCAUCCCUGGUGAUGUUGUCAAGAGUGUGCUCAAAAGUAACGUUGAUGCGCUGGUCGAAUUGAAUACUAGCAAAAACCUGAUUGGAAGUGCAAUGGCUGGAAGCUUGGGUGGCUUUAACGCCCACGCAUCAAACAUUGUCACUGCCAUUUUCUUGGCAACGGGUCAGGAUCCUGCGCAGAACGUGGAAAGCAGUAGCUGCAUUACAACUAUGAGAAAUCUCAAUGGUAACCUUCAGAUUUCCGUGUCAAUGCCUUCGAUCGAGGUCGGAACCAUUGGUGGUGGUACGAUUCUUGAAGGGCAGUCCGCUAUGCUUGACCUACUCGGUGUGCGCGGUUCUCACCCCACCAACCCUGGUGACAACGCCCGUCAACUCGCACGGAUUGUUGCCGCCGCUACGCUUGCAGGCGAACUGAGCUUGUGCUCUGCACUUGCUGCCGGCCAUCUUGUCCGUGCGCACAUGGCGCACAACCGCAGUAACGCCCCUACACGGUCGUCAACUCCUGUCUCGGCGGCUGUUGGCGCUGCUCGGGGAUUGACUAUGACGAGUUCGAAAUGAACGAGGGUCUAGGUAGCCAUUUGUUCCUUUAGCUGCCUCAUGACACACUACUGCCAAUACCGCUGCUAUGUAGCAGACCCUCUUCCUGGCUCUCCUCCCCGCAUUCCUUGUAUAUUCAAUGAUACCCUAUGGUUCUUGGUUAAAGGCCCUUGUGUGUAGGGUCGCGCAUCUUUUGACUCUA